GGUCCUCUGACGCAUGAAGCGUUACCGGGUCUCCAGCAGCCAAAGGCAGAGCAGAGGCACAUCAUAAUCCGCACCGGAACCUUCUGCUUCAUCCACAGGACAACCACGAGCAUCACUCGCGGUUCGAGAGUGUUUUAUCUUCGCUUGACUUCCUUUUUCUGACUUUGCAGAAUACAACCAUAAAGGGAAUGCUUCUCCACCUCAGCCGCAACUUGAGCCGUGUCGCCCCCAUUCUGAGUCGCAGUGUCCACUCUGGCACCCGUCCUGCCUCCACUGCUGCGACCAAACUCCCGUCAGACCGCCUGCUCACUGCUGAGGAAAUCUACACACGAGAGGACAAGUAUGGAGCGCACAACUACCACCCCUUGCCUGUGGCCUUAGAGAGGGGGAAGGGCAUCUAUGUGUGGGAUGUGGAUGGCAACCGAUAUUAUGACUUCCUGAGUGCUUACAGUGCAGUAAACCAGGGCCACUGUCACCCAAAGAUCAUAGCUGCGCUCAGUGCUCAGGCCUCCAAACUCACUCUGACUUCCAGAGCCUUCUACAACAAUGUGCUGGGAACCUACGAGGAGUACGUCACAGGCUUGUUUGGCUAUGACAAAGUUUUACCCAUGAAUACAGGGGUUGAAGGUGGUGAGACGGCCUGCAAGCUUGCCCGCAAGUGGGCCUAUAAUGUAAAGGGGGUUCCCAAAAACCAGGCCAAAAUCAUUUUUGCCGAUGGAAACUUCUGGGGCCGCACCAUGGCGGCCAUCUCCAGCUCUACAGACCCCAGCAGUUAUGAAGGCUUCGGUCCCUACAUGCCAGGCUUUGAACUCGUCCCUUACAACAACAUCCCAGAACUGGAGAAAGCUCUUCAGGACCCAAAUGUGGCUGCAUUCAUGGUGGAGCCCAUCCAGGGGGAGGCUGGUGUGGUGGUGCCAGACAAGGGCUACCUGACCAAAGUCAGAGAACUUUGCACCAAAUACAAUGUGCUGUGGAUUGAUGAUGAGGUGCAGACAGGCCUGGCGAGGACCGGCCGGCGCCUGGCUGUGGACCACGAGGAGGUCCGCCCAGACAUCGUGGUCCUGGGCAAAGCUCUUUCUGGGGGAGUUUACCCUGUUUCUGCUGUGCUGUGUGAUGAUGAGAUCAUGCUGACCAUCAAGCCCGGAGAGCACGGCUCCACAUAUGGAGGAAACCCCGUGGCCUGUCAGGUCGCCAUGGCUGCACUUGAGGUGCUUGAGGAUGAGAAGCUCGCAGAGAAUUCUCAGAGGAUGGGAGAGCUGCUGAGGAACGAGCUGAGAAAACUGCCCAACGACAUCGUGACAACAGUCAGAGGGAAAGGCCUUCUCAACGCAGUCGUCAUCAAAGAGACCCAAAACUAUAACGCCUGGGAGGUGUGCUUACGCCUUCGUGACAACGGACUGCUGGCCAAGCCCACACACGGUGACAUCAUCCGCCUGGCCCCCCCUCUCAUCAUCAAAGAGGACGAGAUGCACAAAUGUAUCGACAUCAUCCAGAGAACCAUCCUUUCCUUCUGAACCACAACCAACAUCUCCACAAAACAUUUCAUGAUGAUAAUCCCGUCAAAAAGCUUAACAUUAAGUAGUUUCUUUUAAUUUCAAAUGUAGGAGUCCUUUAAAGUAUAUUACUGUAGAAAUACAGUAGAGUGUUGAGUGCUUCUAUGAGGCUACAUUUUUGUACAGAAAAACUGCUGUAAAGAAAAGGUUCUGUGAGACUGUCUUAGGUGAGAUGGCAACACCAAAACCGUUAAAAGGUUUUUAAAUGAAUACGUGGUGUCGUUACCAGUGCAGUUUAAAGCUGAGAGGGUUGUAUUUAAAUGUUGAAAUGUACACUUCUCUUCACUUCCAUGAAGUCUGACUGGAUGUGGAAAGAAGUUGCAUAUUGGGCCAGCUAUACUCUCAAUACUAGUGUUUCUGCACAUUUAAAAACAUCUGGAAAUACAUGGAAUUUUUUCAGAUUCCCAGUCUUGAAGAGAUUGUCAGAAUUAAAUUGCAACAAAGUUUUAUUUUUGGAAAAUCUUUCAUGAAGUUUUAAUCCACAAAACCAUCGAUCUGUUCGUUAUUAACAACUAACUUUCUGAUUGAUGUUUUAUCUGUUACAAAACAAUGUAAAUGUUUCUCAAAGGCAAUAUCACCUCCAGUUUUUGUAUAAUCCAGUGAACCUCAAAUAAAUUGUUGCAGUCA